AUGAAUUCAAAGCUACCUCUUGAUAUCCUAGGAAGGGUCUGGGAUCUCAGUGAUAUUGAUAAAGAUGGUCACCUGGACAAGGAUGAAUUUGCUGUGGCAAUGCAUUUGGUUUAUAGAGCUCUUGAGAAAGAGCCAGUUCCUUCACUAUUACCCCCUUCUCUCAUACCACCUUCUAAAAGAAAGAAGACUCCUGUCUUUCCUGGUGCAGUCCCUGUCCUCCCUGCAAGUCCUCCACCAAAAGACAGCCUCCGUUCUACCCCAUCUCAUGGUAGUGUCAACAGUCUCAACAGCACAGGGAGUCUGUCUCCCAAGCACAGCAUCAAACAAGCACAGCCAUCUGUGAACUGGGUCGUGCCCAUGUCUGAGAAGGUCCGAUACGAUGAAAUUUUCUUAAAAACAGACACAGACAUGGAUGGGUUUGUGAGUGGCCAAGAAGUAAAGGACAUUUUUAUGCACUCAGGUCUGUCUCAGAAUCUCCUAGCACAUAUAUGGGCUCUAGCAGACACGAGGCAGAUGGGAAAGCUGAGCAAAGAUCAGUUUGCACUAGCAAUGUAUCUCAUUCAGCAGAAGGUCAGUAAAGGGAUUGAUCCUCCACAAGUGUUGUCCCCAGAUAUGAUCCCUCCCUCAGAGAGGAACACUCCCAUACAGACUCUGUCAGGUUACUUGACCCCUGUAGGAACUGAGAUCUCAGCACUAACAGAAAUGCGUCGCGAUAGUUCAAGUUCCGUUGGAUCAGGAGAAUUUACAGGGGUGAAGGAACUGGAUGAUAUUAGUCAAGAAAUUGCACAGCUGCAGAGAGAAAAGUAUUCACUAGAACAGGACAUUAGGGAAAAGGAAGAAUCAAUCAGACAGAAAACCAAUGAAGUUCAGGAACUACAAAAUGAUUUAGAUAGGGAGGCAAGUAGCCUGCAAGAGCUAGAGGCUCAGAAGCAAGACGCCCAAGACCGCCUGGAUGAGAUGGACCAGCAGAAAGCCAAGCUGAAAGACAUGCUGAAUGAUGUGAGGCAGAAAUGCCAGGAAGAAACACAGGUGAUUUCAUCACUAAAAAUGCAGAUUCAAUCUCAGGAAUCAGAUUUAAAAUUGCAGGAAGAUGACCUUAAUAGAGCAAAAACAGAACUGAAUCGCCUCCAGCAAGAAGAGACUCAGCUGGAGCAGAGUAUCCAGGCUGGAAAAGUGCAGCUUGAAACAAUAAUCAAAUCUUUAAAAUCAACACAGGAAGAAAUAAACCAGGCAAGAAGUAAACUUUCUCAACUUCAAGAGAGCCAUCAAGAAGUCAAUAAAAGUAUAGAAGAAUAUAACGAAGCUCUCAAUGGGAUUCAUGGUGGCAGCCUGACAAAUCUGGCAGACAUCAGUGAAGGCCUCGGGCAGACGGAAAGAAACAAUUAUGGAGCUAUGGAUGAUCCCUUUAAGAAUAAAGCCUUGAUGUUUACCAAUAAUACACAAGAGUUGCAUACAGACCCAUUCCAGUCAGAAGAUCCUUUCAAAUCAGAUCCAUUUAAGGGAGCAGACCCUUUCAAAGGCAGUGACCCAUUCCAGCAUGAUCCUUUUGCAGAACAGCCACCUGCUCCAGCAGAUCCAUUUGGAGGGGAUCCAUUUAAGGAAAGUGACCCAUUUCGUAGCUCUGCCCCUGAAGAUUUCUUCAAGAAACAGGUGAAGAGUGACCCAUUUACCUCAGAUCCAUUCACAAAACCCCCAGCUUUACCCUCAAAGCCUGACCCUUUUGAAAGCAGUGAUCCUUUUACGUCUUCCAGCAUCUCUUCAAAAGGUCCAGAUCCAUUUGGAACACUGGAUCCCUUUGGAAGUGGUGCUUUCAGUAGUGGGGAGGGAUUUGCAGACUUCAGUCAGAUGUCAAAGCCAGUAGCUCCAGACCCCUUUGCCUCCUCUUUUGGAGGGGUGGGAUUCUCAGAUGACCCUUUCAAAAGCAAAUCAGACACACCAGCGUUACCACCGAAGAAAAAUGUCCCUCCACGCCCCAAGCCACCCAGUGGUAAAAGUACUCCUGUAAGCCACCUUGGGUCUUCAGAUUUUCCCAAGCCCCAUGAUCCAUUCCAGCCAUUUGGGGCUGACAGCAGUGACCCGUUUCAAAGUAAAAAGGGGUUUGGGGACCCAUUUAGUGGAAAAGAUCCAUUUGCUCCUUCCUCUUCAAGUAAAACUUCUAAAGACUCUUCCUUGGGGUUUGCAGACUUCAGCUCUUUUGGAAAUGAAGAACAGCAGCUGGCAUGGGCAAAACGUGAGAGUGAAAAGGCAGAGCAAGAAAGACUAGCUCGGUUGCGGAGACAAGAACAAGAAGACCUUGAGUUGGCUAUUGCACUCAGUAAGGCUGAUAUGCCCAACUCUUAA